AAUAGUAUCUGCACUGGCUCUGAAAUUGAGAGUUACCACCUGUUAAAGGGAAGUAGCUUUCCUGCUUUAUUCUCCUUUGGUCAGCAAGACAGUUAAUAUUUUACUUGCUAGUAAAAAGGUCUUAAAACCAAGUAUCUGGAAGAAAGAUAACCUACAGUCAUGAGUCCACAUCCUAGCUUUUGAGUACAUUAGGAGUAAAUGAGCCAUCACAUCAGUACAGAUAGCCCAAACCUGAUGUUUAGCUAGAGUGAUCUGCACUGAUGGCUUAACAGCAUGAAGGGCCAUACUCUGUUAACUUAAAUUCUGCUUGGGUCACUGUGUCUGUUUAUUGGACAGAGGUGGGCACUUCAGCAGUCUGUCUUGCCUUCAUUAGACCCUCUAAAUUGCAUUGAUGAGAGCAUGUUAAAGUCAGCUAGUAAGAAACACUGGGACCAAAGCAUCUGGAUGGAAUUCAGGCUGCCUGAAUAUGGCCCCGCAAUCUUAACUCUGCCACCCUUCAGGGAGAAGAUAGUGAGACUCGCUGGUAUCUGGUCAGUGCCUGUAUCAAUCUCUGGAGGGUUCCAGAAGUCAUAUGACUCUCACCAGCAUGAAAACAAGCCUGAGAGGCCAUGAAGGUACAGCAACAGGGGGCAAAGGUUGGUGACUAACUCGGCAAGCAGCAGAAAGAAUAGUAGAUGGUGGCAGGAGGAGCUGCAGAGAUAGUUGGAGGAUUUGGAAAGGUGAACGAUUAAAACAAGAUAAUGGAUUGGGGAUCUCUGCAUACCAUUUUAGGAGGUGUAAACAAGCACUCAACCAGCAUCGGGAAGAUAUGGCUCACAGUGCUGUUCAUCUUCCGUAUCAUGAUCCUGGUUGUGGCUGCAGAGAGAGUCUGGGGAGAUGAACAAGAUGACUUUGUCUGCAACACACUUCAACCUGGUUGCAAGAACGUUUGCUAUGAUCACUUUUUCCCCAUCUCUCACAUCAGACUCUGGGCCCUGCAGCUGAUCUUUGUUUCCACGCCUGCACUGCUGGUGGCCAUGCAUGUAGCAUACAGGAGGCACGAGAAGAAAAAGCAGUUCAGAAAGGGAGACCAGAAGUGUGAAUACAAGGACAUUGAAGAAAUCAGAAAACAGAGGUUUCGUAUUGAGGGCUCCUUGUGGUGGACAUACACCAGCAGCAUCUUCUUCAGACUGGUCUUUGAAGCAGUCUUCAUGUAUGCGUUUUAUUUUAUGUACGAUGGGUUCCGAAUGCCUCGCUUAAUGAAGUGUAAUGCUUGGCCCUGCCCCAACACAGUAGACUGCUUUGUUUCUCGACCCACUGAAAAGACGGUGUUUACUAUUUUCAUGAUCGCUGUGUCCAGCAUUUGCAUUCUUUUAAAUGUUGCUGAAUUAUGUUACUUAAUGGCAAAGUUUUUCCUCAGAAGGUCUAAAAGAGCAGGAAAUCCAAAACAUCACCCCAACCAUGAGAAUAAGGAAGAAACCAAACAAAAUGAAAUGAAUGAGUUAAUAUCUGAUAGCUGCCAGAACACUGUUACAGGAUUUUCAGGUAGCUAAGGUGGUGACAGUGCUGGUGUUCACUCUUUUUGGGGUGAGUGUUCUUUGUUUAAAGGCUGCAAAUGCAAUUUGUUAUAUGAAACAAUUUAAGUGGGGUGAGACUUUGAUACGUAGUGUCAGGUGUCAAUUAUGUACAUGUCUGAAAAAAGUCAGGGCAGCCUAAACACAAAAAUUGUGUGAGGAUUAAAUAGGAGAGUGUAUCUUCCUAUGAGUACCCUUACAAGCUGACUAUGAGAAGUGAGGAACUCACUAAUACCUUCAUGCUGACACAGCUCCUGAAAAUGCAACAGCAAUAAGAACAAAAUACUUUCCAAGCUAGAUAAUUUAGUAUUACAAGAUGUUUUGUAAUAGUGAUAUUUUAAUUGUCAGUUCACAAGUAAAAACUAUUUUUCUAAAAUCUAAGAUUCCAUGUUACUUAAGGUGCUUAUAGUACACAACUGACUGCUGCAUUGUUGUUUCUUAACCACGCGUACACACAUGAACUCUUGUAAUAGCAUAUUCACAGGGAGGAGGCAGCAACAGGCUACACUCUUACAGCUUUGCAAGCAUUGAGGCUGGACCAGUAUCCUGAGAUGCUUGCAUAUACACUGCUGGCUCUAGGGGAAGUUUUGUGAAAGCCCACCAUGUGUAGUGUGGAUAAUUGAGGUAGCUAGGUCCUGAGUGCAAAGUCACGCCUAAAACCAGCAUAACAAUGUAGAUAGAGCCUAAGUAGGCUUGCUUUAAACAUCUAGCAGACCUGAUAAUCUUAUUGAUCUUUUACCUGCAUACUACCAGUUUUAUAGCAACGUCCAUAACUUUAUGUAAAUGUUUUCCUCUGAUGUAUUAGCUCUAUUUUUAUUUCUUUAUGCUAUAUCACAUCAUGGAACUCUUGGUUUUGAUUUGUUUGCUUUUUUUUUGGUGGUAGACUGAUGGUGCUGUUAUGAAACUAGGGCUCUUUGGUUUGAAGGACAUGGAAAAGUAUCACUGGAAAGAGCAAGUUUUCUCAAUAAAAGGCAAACACUUUAACCUUU